GGCCGGCGGGCUCCGCCGCGGCCUAGGAGCGGCCUCUCCCCUCAGAGCGCCGGGCGCGGCGCCGCGGUGGCCCACACCAUGUCCACCCGCACGCCGCUGCCCACCGUCAACGAGCGGGACACCGAGAACCAUACCUCUGUGGAUGGAUACACUGAACCACAUGUCCAGCCUAUCAAGUCAAGUAGCAGACAAAACAUCCCCCGAUGUAGAAACUCCAUUACAUCUACAAAUGAAGAGCAUCCUCACAUUGGAAAUUAUCGCUUACUGAAAACAAUAGGAAAAGGAAAUUUUGCCAAAGUGAAACUGGCAAGGCAUGUGCUUACUGGAAGAGAGGUUGCUGUGAAAAUAAUAGAUAAAACCCAGCUAAAUCCUACUAGUCUGCAAAAGUUGUUUCGAGAAGUACGAAUAAUGAAGAUACUGAAUCAUCCCAAUAUUGUAAAAUUAUUUGAAGUUAUUGAGACUGAAAAGACGUUGUAUUUGGUAAUGGAAUAUGCCAGUGGGGGAGAAGUGUUUGACUACCUAGUUGCACAUGGAAGAAUGAAAGAGAAAGAGGCUCGUUCAAAAUUCAGGCAGAUUGUGUCUGCUGUACAGUACUGUCAUCAAAAAUGCAUAGUUCAUCGUGAUCUUAAGGCAGAAAACCUUCUCCUUGAUGCAGAUAUGAACAUUAAAAUUGCAGACUUUGGUUUUAGUAAUGAAUUUACGGUUGGUAAUAAACUGGACACGUUUUGUGGAAGCCCGCCUUACGCUGCUCCUGAACUUUUCCAAGGCAAGAAAUAUGAUGGUCCUGAAGUGGAUGUGUGGAGCCUUGGGGUGAUUUUGUAUACACUAGUAAGCGGAUCAUUGCCAUUUGAUGGACAGAAUCUAAAGGAACUGAGGGAGCGAGUACUGAGGGGGAAGUACCGCAUUCCAUUCUAUAUGUCCACAGACUGUGAAAAUCUACUUAAGAAGCUACUAGUACUGAAUCCAAUAAAACGAGGCAGCUUGGAACAAAUUAUGAAGGAUCGGUGGAUGAAUGUUGGCCAUGAAGAAGAAGAGCUAAAGCCAUAUACUGAGCCUGAACCAGAUUUUAAUGACACCAAGAGAAUAGACAUUAUGGUCACAAUGGGCUUUUCAAGAGAAGAAAUACAUGAAUCUUUAGUAAACCAAAAGUAUGAUGAAGUCAUGGCUACUUACCUGCUUCUAGGUAGAAAACCACCUGAAUUUGAAGUAGGCGAUUCCUUGUCCAGCAGCAACUUGGGUCAAAGAUCUCGUCCCAGCAGCGACCUCAACAACAGCUCCGUGCAGUCUCCCGCUCACCUGAAGGUCCAGCGCAGUAUAUCGACCAACCAGAAACAGCGGCGGUUCAGUGAUCAUGUUGGUCCUUCAAUUCCUCCUGCUGUGUCAUACACAAAAAGGUCUCAGGCAAAUAGUGUGGAAAGUGAACAGAAAGAAGAGUGGGACAAGGAUGUCUCGCGCAAACUUGGCAGCACUACAGUGGGAUCCAAAGGAGAGAUGGCUGCAAGUCCGCUUGUGGGUCCAGACAGAAAGAAAUCAAGUGCAGUUACCAGUAAUAAUGUGUUUUCUGGUAGUGGAAUGACAAGGAGGAACACUUACGUUUGUGAACGUUCUUCAGAUCGCUAUUCUGCAAUACAGAAUGGGAAGGACAACAGCCUGACGGAAAUGUCUGCGAGUAGCACAUCUUCUGGAGGCUCUGCAGUAGCCUCCGUAUCCACGCGCCCUCGACAUCAAAAGUCUAUGUCUGCCUCUGGUCAUCCUAUAAAAGUUACACUGCCAACCAUCAAAGAUGGUACUGAAGCUUACCGACCAAGCAGUGCAACUCAAAGAGUGCCUGCUGCUUCCCCGUCUGCUCAUAGUAUUAGCACUACCACUCCAGACCGAACCCGCUUUCCUCGGGGGAGUUCAAGUCGAAGCACUUUCCAUGGGGAGCAGCUGAGGGAGCGGCGUAAUGCCACUUACAAUGGACCACCUGCCUCACCAUCCCAUGAAACUGGUGCUUUUGCACAUGCUAGAAGAGGGACUUCGACUGGUAUAAUAAGCAAGAUAACUUCCAAGUUUGUCCGCAGGGAUCCAAGUGAAGGCGAAGCCAGUGGCAGAACUGACACCUCAAGGAGUGUUUCUGGGGAGCCAAAAGACAGAGAGAAGGAGGAUAGUAAAGAUUCGAAGCCACGCUCCUUGCGGUUCACAUGGAGUAUGAAGACCACUAGUUCUAUGGACCCGAACGAUAUGAUGAGAGAGAUUCGGAAAGUGUUAGAUGCUAAUAACUGUGAUUACGAACAAAAGGAGAGGUUUUUGCUCUUCUGUGUUCACGGCGAUGCACGACAAGACAGCCUUGUUCAGUGGGAGAUGGAAGUCUGCAAACUGCCACGAUUGUCGCUCAAUGGAGUUCGUUUCAAGAGAAUAUCUGGGACUUCUAUCGCAUUUAAGAACAUUGCAUCCAAGAUAGCGAACGAGCUUAAGCUGUAAAGAGAACCUAAAUUCUUUGGGAUCAGGGAAGAUUCAUACAUGAUCUACACUUUGAAUGUACUGGUUACGCCUAAUGUGAUUGGCCUGUGAAACUCCCCAUGUAGAAAUUGCCCUUAUUGCAAUAAGGUUAUACAUAGUUAUUCAGAAUUGUAAAGUUAAAUCCAGUAUGACCUAUAUUAAAUAACUGUAGCUAAAGAAGUUAUGUUCACAUGUACAGGUAAGUAUAUAGAGCAUUCUGUUCAUUUUAUGUUCAUAGAGUUGUAUAAUAAAAAGAUGACUGCUUAAAUUCAGAUCUUGUAUAGUUGUCUAGAUUUCUGCACAGAAAUGUAUGUUUGAUGCUUUGAGUUGGAAAAGUUCUUCCCUAUCAUUUACAUUUUUGGUGUUUUUAUAAGUCUUACCUCUACCAUGCGUUUUUUAAAAAACUUGUGUCCUGAGUCAAAUGCACAAUUUCACAACUGUAGCAUGACCAUUUUUAAUUAUUUAAAGAUUGUUCAUUAAUUGAACCAAAAGUCGAGGAAUUGGCUUUUGUUCUACACGAGACUGUUCCUGCUUAUCUUUGGCUCUUAUCCUCGUUAUUGGACAGUGUUUAGUU